AUGUCACGCAAAUAUUUGAAUUGCACCAGUUCUAAGAGCCUCGACAGGUCUGUUAAUGGGUUAAUUGAGGGGGAGAAAGCCCCAAGGGGAAAAGGGCGGGAGGGCAUGACCUGUUCCUUCCAAAGAGAGCAACAUGAUGUGGGGAGGGAGGAUAACGUCUUGAUCUUGUUGAUUAAACAUCAAAUGCGACCACAAUUAAAAUUAGAUAUUUAUGUGAUUUCAGUCUUGAAGAUGAACUUAUGGCCAAUGCCCGGCCAGUGCGAGAUAUAAAUGAGGAUCAAAAGAGUGUAGCCUGGCAUGAUGCUAUUCAUCUGCUUCCUCCCAUCAUCAGCAAUCGUCUCAAACAGGUGGAGAAUGCUGCAAUCAAGGAUUUUAAAAUCAGUGGAAGACCAUCCAGACAAGGACAAUCGAAGUUGUAUUGUAUGACAUUGAAAUGGUUCGAAAAUCUGCCCGAGGGAGGAAACACUGAACAAAUGAGGCAAUCAACAGCGUCUAAGCAAAGUUCAUGUCCGAGUGAAAUAAGUAGAAUGGAGACGUGUGUAGAAUUGGGUAAGUAUGGGUUACUUUCAAUAGAAUGCGAAAACUAAAAAUAACAUGACACCCUUACAGACAACGAUGUGAGUGUGGACAAUGAUCAUACUGUAUAUCCAGAUGGACAUCGUUGUGAAGGUCCUUGUGGGAAGAUGAGACCCAUCUCCGAGUUGACUCUUUUCGGCCAAUGCGAACACAGUAUCUGCUCUUCCUGUAUUAAAGAACUCUCUCCUUUGUUUGAUGAUCCCAGUAAGUCAAAGAUAAAGUUUUUCAUCUAUUCGCCAGACAAUCCGGUUUGUUGUAAUGUGUCGUGCAUCUCCUCCCAUCUAGUAGAUACAUUGGAAACUCUGAAGGAACGUCGGAAUGCCUAUCAGAAACUGAUAAAUGAAGAAUGUUAUGAAAAAAUUCUGGAGAAGUACGACCCAAAAGGAUACAAACUUUACAGUAAUCUGGCCAAGGGAGUCACGCAGAAAUUCAAGCAGCCGGGUUCGUUGCUUCAUCAAAUUGUUAAUGCCACUCCUUAUUUAGAGUCAAAUCAAUCCGAGGAAGUCAAGGCAUCGUGUGAGAAUUUCUCAUCUGACAUCAACCCAACAACUUUCAACUCGAGUAUCGUCAAUAAGACUUCUGAAUCUAAUCGAUACAAGACCCCAUCCGACUUAGAAUCAGAAGAGUUUGUGACGCUGAGUAUUCUGCUUUUGGACGGCAGUGAUCGUCGUGUUGAGACCAAUUACAACGCCGAAUCCACCCUCAAAUCCUGUGUAGAUAAUCUGGCUGCUUCUUAUUGGUAAGACUACUUUCAGUCUCUCGGGAAAAGAAUUCAAAAAAUUUCACAGCGGCGCAGUUGAAAAAAUGAACUACGUCACGGCGGUUUUCGAAUUGCAAAAGUUGACAUGCAAAAAGCGAAAUGCUUAGCGACGAAAGGUUCACUCAAACCACUCAUUAUUAUGAUUUCUGAUGGUUCAGAAGAGGGUAUUUGCUUAUUUUUAUGUUUAUCAAACGUUCGGCGAAGUUAUGGUGGACGUUUUCCAUAUCGGCGAAGGACAUAACACAGUUUCGGCUAAGAAAUGAGCCGACGCAAUGCUUAUGCGCUGGCCAGCAUUCCCUGCUGAUUCCGUAUUCCUUUCAAAAUUUCGUCGCCACGCCAACCUUCGUUGCAAACGAACUGUCCCCCUUUUUUGAAUUUCACCAAAAAAUCCGAACUCUCCCCUUCUUUGAACACUCCCCCAUUUUGAAAAUUGGGAAAAAUUAGGUGUGACAUGUUAUACGAUGAAAUUUUUUUUCAAAUUGAGAAAAUAUGUCAAUUUUUCAAAUUGACAUAUUAUACGAUGGAAAAAUUCUUCAAAUAAAAUUUUUUUGCGCACUUUCGUUUGAUUUCUUUCGGGGUAGAUUGGCUAUGGGGCCAAUAUUUGUAUUCAAUGUUGCAAAAUUGGUUGACCAGCUAACCAAGGUGGUUACCCUGCGUUCACACCGGAAGAUAGGUCGAUCCACCUAAUUUUUCUCAAUUUGAAAAAAUUUUCCAUCGUAUAACAUGUCACACCUCAUUUUUUCAAUUUGAAAAAAAAAACUUUCAUAGUAUAACAUGUCAUACCUCAUUUUUUCAAUUUUCAAAAUGAGGUGGAGUGUUCAAAAACGGGAGGGUUCAUUCAAGGGGGAGUGUUCAAAAAGAGGGCGAGUUCGGAAGGGGGAGAAUUAGCGGUAUCUCUCAAUCGAGGAGAGACCGUGCAGUCGUUAAAUGCGACAACGCUGUUGGCGGCCUUCCGAUCCAUUGUGCAGAAAUUUUUAAGACUUUCCGGUAGUUGCAGCAUCAUAAUACAGCGUUUAAGAUUGGUGUGAUGACCAAAAAAAGCUAUCAAAAGUCUCCACUGAAUACAUUAAUCUCUGCGUGGGCGGAGAAAAAAUUUUCUUUAGACAAAAAACCGUCCCUUUCUACUGCAAAAAAAAAUUUUUUUACAUACAUAUCUUGGCUGAGCACCAUGAAAUCGACAUGAACUUUCCACGGAUUUUUUUUGGAUAUCCUGUACAUGGGGUUUUUUUAUUUGUCCCAUUUAUUUGUAAAUCAGUCUUGAAAAUACAUUUUUAGCCCAAACAAGAAAGUACGAGUUUUCUAUGAAGAAGGGGAAAUCUUCAAGAGAGGACGGGCUUACUUCAUUGACAUGGACAAGUACGGACACUUCCCUCUCAGCUACCUCCCGUCCAAACAAAACAUCGUCUCUUUGAUCUUUGAUGUUACUAAUUUACUCCAAAACGUCAAAAAUCGGUACAUCCAAUGUUAG